ACAUCAUUUAGUAGACAAUAACUGUCAAAUUUUUAUUUCAAAAUUUACUUUGUUGGCUUAAUUUUUAUGUAUCCCUAAAAGUAAAAUUGUAAUUAUUACUUAUUUUAUUAGAAAUUAGAAUUAAUAUCAGAUCAGAUUAACUCUUAGUACCUACAGUAUUAAUAUACAUAAUAAUUACCAUUAUUACUAGACUUGGUGUUCAAUACAUUUUCUUUUUGAAUAAUGUUCUUUGUUAAUAUUCUGUGGGCUGUGUAAUAAUUAUUUUUUUAAUGGUCAAUAAUUACAAUUUUUUCAAAAGAAAAUUAUCCAAAAAUUGAUGGAUAAUUCCAAAGUAAAAUACACUUUUAUUUGUGGUGCUUCAGAGUAUACUAAAUCUAUAUUAUUUGAAAGUGCAGUAUAUUGGUCAGAACUUGGCCUUAAAGUAGUUUUUAUUCAAAUAUCUCAAAUGUCUGCUUUACCUUUUCCCAUAGAUGGAGCUAGCCCACCAAGUGUACAAGCACUUAAUCGUAUUACAUUUUUAACACUUUCUAGGUGGCAAGACGUGAUUCAUUACACUUCUUCCAUACAUGAAGCCUAUCCCAACGUACCACGCGUGAUUCUAGUGUCCGAUUUGCAUGAUUAUUAUUCCGAUGUAAACGAUGACAACAAUCAAAUAAUGCUCGCCCAUAUGCUUUGUGCUAAUUUACGUGAUGCUAUCACUUACACUAGUCGUGUAUGCGAUUGCGAGUCAUAUUUGAUUAUAUCAGCCCAAGACACUUUAUUAGAAACAGAAAAACUAUCAACAAUGUAUUUCCCAUCGGGUACGUGGCUUGCCAAAGUUAUCGAUAGCAAAGUGGAGGUAGUAAAAAAAUUACUUUAUCCACAAAACAGCAACUACAAAAUUACAUUUUCACUUUUAAACAAUAAAAUCAGAUGCGACACAGUAGAAAUGCUGUAUAGAUGACAUAUGUUGAAUAUUGUUAGCCAUUUAUUUUAUUAUAAACUAUAAUAUACGAUAUGCUAAAAUAUAAGAGUACUUGUUUUAGAAUAUUUAAGUACAGGGUCAUAUAAUAUGUAGUGUUUUGUAGUGUUGUCAUAGAUUUUAUUAAUAAUUA